GAGGAAAGAGAGUUGAAUGCGACCGCGUGCUCAUUUUAAAGAUUGUGUAGCAUAUUUGCGUUGACUGUGUAAUUCAAGUAAAUACGUAUUUCUCUGUGCCGAUUUAAUAGUUACAAGUCUACACGUUGUAGAUACGAAGAUGGUGGGAUCUAGAGUGUAUGUCGGCGGUCUUCCAUUUGGGGUUAGAGACAGAGAUCUAGAGAAGUUUUUCAAGGGCUUCGGAAGGAUUAGAGACAUAUUGAUCAAGAAUGGAUAUGGAUUUGUGGAAUUCGAAGAUUAUCGAGACGCCGAUGAUGCUGUGUAUGAGUUGAAUGGAAAAGAACUCUUAGGGGAAAGGGUGGUGGUGGAGCCGGCCCGAGGCAUCGACCGCAGCGCAGACCGCUACCGUCGCGACCGCUACUACGAGCGCGACCGCGGCCGGUCGCGAUACGAAGACUACAGCUAUAGAUAUGGUCCGCCGACGAGAACGGAUUAUCGGCUGAUCGUCGAAAAUCUGUCUAGCCGCAUAAGCUGGCAGGAUCUGAAGGACUACAUGCGUCAAGCAGGAGAAGUAACCUAUGCUGACGCUCAUAAGCAACAUCGUAAUGAGGGUGUUGUCGAGUUUGCAACCCAUUCGGACAUGCGUGCGGCAAUUGAGAAGCUAGACGGCACGGAAUUGAACGGACGGCGCGUCCGACUAGUCGAAGAUCGCCGGUCAUCGCGUCGUCGCUCGCGCUCAUCUUCGAGCCGCUCACGCAGCCGCUCUCGCGACCGACGCCGCAGCCGUUCUAGGUCCCGACAUUCGUCGCGAAGCCGUUCACGUUCGAAGUCGCGCCCUAAGAGCAAGAGCUUGGCGCCCAAAUCGCGCUCGCGCUCUCGUUCCAAGGAUCGCAGCCGUUCCAAGUCCCGUUCGAGAUCGGCCUCCAAUCAUUCACGCAGGGAACGGUCGGCGUCGCGCAAAUCCGCUGACCGCAAUGGACACCGCUCUGCUUCUCGCUCUAAGUCCAGGUCUAAAUCCCGCUCGCCGCAAGAGUCCAAGGAGAGAUCACGUUCUCGAAGCAAGGAGGCAUCCCCUAAGCGCGAGGACGAGCGUCACGUCAGCAAGUCGCGUUCGCGUUCUCGCUCUCGCUCUCGCAGCGGUGGGCGCAGCGCCUCGCGCGAGCGUUCGGGCUCCCGCUCCCGUUCAGCAUCGCCUCGACAAAAUGGCGACGCGCAAGAGCGCUCUCCCCGUAGCGCGGAUUAGGGCAGGCCUUUGUUAUUUGUUUUUCGGAUUCCUAUCUGGUGGGUGAGGUAAGUUCAUGUUAUGUUUAGUGGGUAAUGGAGUGUUCUUGAAUAAGAAAAAUUUUAGGAAUAUGAAAAAUGUAUGCUAAAUUUAAAUGAUUCCUUCCUUUGGGACAAAAUUUGUCAGUUUUUAUGAAAUAUUGCUUGCCCUAUUGUGUAAAUCGCAAAAGUAACCAUGGGUAUAAUUUGAAAGACCAAAAUAUCUAUAAUAAUACAGUAGUAACUCUUGUAUUUCGUUGCGCGUAUUGGGAUUCGUACUGAAUUUAGCAACAUUAUAUACAAAUUGGUUAGUCGAUCCGAAAGUCAAGUAUCCGAACACAGAAUAGAGGGGUAACAAAAUAUUGCAACCCAACAAACAUGAACUACAGAGAAUCCGUGAAUCAAAUAAUACUGAACUGUUAUCGUCACGUCAGCAAGAAAAAUGUGUAAUUAAUUAUUAUGCUAGAUUACUAAAGUAGUUUCCAGGAACAUAGAAUUUAGAUAACGUACCAUAUAUUUUCACCUUGGAGAGUUGUCAGAUGAUUAUUUCACACACCUUUAAUUGUAGCACAUUAAUUAUAUUCAAGAACAUUGUAUUUUAAUAACAACCAAACAUGUGUAGUUCUUGCAAAUCUCUUAUCAAAGAGUCCUUUAUUUGUAACACUGAAAUUCUACAACUUUAUUUCUAACACUGAAAUUGUACAAUACUUUACAACUUGAGUUUGUGGUUACACAAUUUGUACUAAUAAAUCGACAGUGUAAUAAUAUGUCUUGUUACUAUUUCAUAAUGUGGUGUUUGAAUUAUAGUUUUUCAGUAGCCAGUAAAGAAAAUUACAUCGUUUCAUAAGAUGCAUGGUAUAUGAUCUCCUAAUAGUAUUCAGCAUAUAUAUACAAUUUUAUAUUCUCUUAAGUAGAAGGAAAAAAAAGAAAUAUCACAGCAUUGUAAUGGUGGCAACAAAAUUGUAUUAGUAAUAAUGAUUUGCGUUUUAAUAAGUAAUCUAUGUGACGUUCGUAUCGUAUCGAUUUGGUAAUGAUGUCAAAGUAAAUGUUUAGUGUACACACUUAAUCUUUGUAUUUAGUAUUUAGUGUAUUCAAGCUACGCAUGCUAGUAUAUUAUUCACUGGCUAGAAAUAUAUGGUUAAACCAAUGUUGUAGUUAGGUACAUAUAGGUAAGUUGUAUUGCAGCCGUAAACACUACAGUUUAAGUGGACGACAUCCUCUAAACAUUGAUUUUACACUUCCAUGACGUUAAAAAAAUGCAUUUUUUUUUAUUAAAAAAAUAAGUUUAUCUUGGGCCUUUUCAAGUUCGUUCGUUCGUAGUCUUCGUAGUCCCUGUCUGAACAGGGAAUUCCAAUCCAUAGCCGUUCGCCUUAUAAGUGUGGAAGCAAAACGCAUCUUGCGAAUACUUAUAAUAUCCAUAAUAUAGGGGUCGUGGAUAUGCCAACUGUUUUUAUCAUUUUUUAAUAUUAGGUGUUAAUUCACUUAGUUUGUUUGUAAAUGUCGACGAGACCCCAACCUUCAAUUUUGCAUUAAAAUCUUAAUUUUCGAGUUUUUGUGAGUUGACAACUUAUUGCUUAUCAGCAUGCAUUUUUUCGCCUUAAAUUAUAUACUUUAAUUUAAGGCGAACGUAACCGUAACCUCCGUAUAUAUGGUUACAUGAAUACAGGACGUUUCAAGAUAAUAGGUAAUUUUUAUCAAUAAAUUGUACACUGUAUAUGCAUGCAUUUUAUUGUUAAUGUGUAUUUACACUUGUGCGUUUCUGCUUGUUCUUUAAAUGUUUUAAGGCUGUUUUCUGUGCGUUCUAUACUGCACAUUGAAAACGCAAGCGUAAUGUCACAUGUUAUGUGAGUAGGGAAGCGUGUUUCCAGCGUGUCUAUUUCAAGUGUGACUUCGAGUUUUUAAAAAUUUUUCUAGACAAAAAAAAAACGUUAGGUCUGUUCUUGUCGCAAAAAAGUAUAUUUAGUCGGUGGGUUAAAGAUAUUAUCAAGAAUACGAAAAAAAAAACAAAUCAACUAAAUGAGAGAACGGUCUUAAUUUUUGAUACCAGCAAAAGCUAGCUUUUUAGCCAAAGCUCAUUAAAUAAAAUUAAUAAUAACAAGAAUAAAUGGUAGAAGGAUUCGUUUUGACUAGUGUUACGUCAUGGAAAAACUUUCCACUUUGGAAAGUCCUAAUUUCCAGAAAAAUAUAGAGUCGAAGCGUCGUGUCGCGUCCUGUUUUUCAACUACAACAACUGGCGACGCGCAUUAGUGCGCCUGGAUCACAGUUUUGUCGGCGUUAGACGCCUCACUGCGCUCAAGUAACGCGCGGCGAAGCCGCUCGACGGCAACUGUGUGUCGACGCUUGACUCCAUAUUUGCAUAAACAAAUUUGUACCUUAAUAUUGGGAAAAUAGAGAAGAAUGUGCUAUAGGCGAAAAACAUGACGCGUCGCGACGCUUUGCCUCUGCGCCAGUGUGAGUUGAGCCAUAAGGUCAACCGCCAACAACAAGUAAAAAUGACUAUCUAGUCAAGUAGUUUUACUUGACGUUAGCGGAAUCGUUAUUUCGCCGGGGCCAUAACAUAACAAUUACAAGAACUUAUAAGAACGUGGGAAAAUAAGCCAAGCAAGGUCGUUUAUUGGUGGUCAUACUAGCAUGUCAUACUGAUACGACCAAUAAGAAUUAUUUGUAUUAGUGCCCAUAUUUUAGUCACGCGUUAACACAGAAAAUUACAUUUAACAAUGUAUUUAGUGGAAAACGAAUCUUCGUAUUAUAUUUUUUUCAAAUUUUCAGUAAUUUUUCCUGGACAAUUACCCAACCCUAAGUGUGACUAGUACGGAAAACAAAAUUUUAAACGAUUCAAUUUACAUAUAAACGCUAUGUGAAAUAGUUGGUUUAAAGGGGGGUUCGUUUCUUGCAUUGCAGUCCGCUGCGUAAUGCAGGAUUAUGAAUGUAGUAGCGUGCAAGCCAUCCUGCAAGACUAUACGUGGGCCAUAUGCAAGAUAGUGUGAUGGAACAAGCAGUCUCCUGCCUGCGGCCGUUUUAGAUAGUUUGCUCACUUCAUGCUUUAAACGCGUCAUAGUCGGUUUCUGUACUUUCGCAAGUUAUCUGUAUUUAGCCUCAAGUUAAGGCUGCAAUAUAAGCUAUAGAUGACGGUGAAUUGGACAAUUAUCUUUUCCAAAAAAUUUCGCAAAAAUGUUUCACUGCCAUAACUUGUCCACUCUAUAUAAUUUUUCCUCCUUAACAGAGGGAUCUACUCCCAUUCUCCGUUCCAAACAAUUACUAUCGUCAAUAAUAGUAAUACUCGCCCAUAUCAAGAGACAAUGUCAAGUAUGAAGCUUCAUUCGCGUCAUGCGUCUUUUAAUUUGGUCGAUUAUUUAUAAGUAAUACUCUACCAAAUUAACAGUAAUUGUUUCGGACGGAGAAGUGGAGUAAACCCCUUAUACCGUCAACGAAAUAUAAUUUAGAGCGUUCAUUUCAUAAUAUCUUUAAACAAACUAGCGAGAAAUUCUAGGAAUUUGGCUGCAAUUAUUUAAUUUUUCUGAGUGUAAUCAGAUUUAAACUUGGUGCAGUGAUUCUCGAGAUUGCAAAAUGGUGCCUCUAGUAUCAACUU